GUGUGUUUUUUUAGAUAACAACUGCAAAAGGAAACAUUGUAUUUUCCCACAAAGUUUGUGGGCCUGGAAAUAUAACGCUACAAUUUUUAGCGAGCAGUUUAAGCGUUGGCAUUGUCUCGCAUCUCCCCCCACUCCUCGUCGUCAGUGCCUCCCCCAAUCGGUAGGCCUUCUGCCCCGCUCAGGUCAGAUCCCCCAAUUUGUAGGCCUGCUACCUCGUUCCCCCCACAGUGUACUGCGCCUGUUCCUGUCCCAAUUUGUAGGCCUUCUGCCUCGUUCCCCACACAGUCUACUGCGCAUUUUCCUGCACCAAUCUCCACACCUGCUUCUUUAUACGCUGAAGAUGAAAAUUGGGAUGAUGAAUGUCAUCAUCCCUCAUAUUUAGAACAGAUAAAAUACAUCGCAUUAUCAAAGCCAAUAAUCAGGACGCCCCCUCCAAAAUUAUCUAAAACGGAGAAAAAAAUAUUUAGGCAUGUGGAGAGAAUUCGCCACCAACACAUGCCAGAAUUAAACAAGUUGCAGUAAGCAACUUGUUUAAGUUUAAGCACCUCUCCUCCUGCCUUUCAUUAUUCUCCCCCACUCUUCCAAAAAUUAUUUUUCAUUGAUAUGUGUUCUGUAUAUUUCUAGUAUGUCUCUAGUAUCUUUUAUAUACCAAUUUCUCCCCACACUCUUCAAAAAUUAUCUGUCAUUCACCCAUAUGUCCUGCAUAACUUCAUCGGUGUCGAUCGGCUUGUUUUCUCUGAUGUGGUGGUUUUUGCUUGUGCCCUGUAGAGUUUUAUAUCGAGGCAUUCAAACCCUAGAAGAGUCAUCAUCCAUCAUAGUUAGGACAUAUACAAUACGUUGCAUUAUCAAAACCGAUCAUCAGGACACCCCCUCCAAAAUUAUCUAAAAAUGGAGAAAAAAUUUUUUAGGCAGGUAGAGAGAAUUCGCCACCAACAUGUGCCAGACUUAACAAGUUGUAGUAAGCAACUUGUUUAAGUUUAAGCACCUCUCCUCCUGCCUUUCAUUAUUCUUCUAUGCCACUUCUCCCCCACUCUUCCAAAAAAUUAUUUUUCAUCUAUAUGUGUUCUGUAUGCCUCUAGUAUCUUUUCUAUGCCAAUUUCUCCCCACACUCUUCAAAAAUUAUCUGUCAUUCACCCAUAUGUCCUGCAUAACUCCAGCGGUGGCUUUUGCUUUUGCCCUGUAGAGUUUUAUAUCGAGGUCCUGCAACCCUAGAAGAUGUGGCGAAACCACGUAUGCCUGCGAGAAAGAAAAAAUAGAUUCUCCCAAGUAGAGUUCUCCCAAGUAUUUGACGGCCUAUUGGCGAAGAAAGGAGUUCCUCCAAAGAAAAAUGAUGAGGAGAAUAGUCUAAGUAAUCUAUUAAAUGAGAGCCAGCCUGCCAAUCCACCACAUAGUGAAAUUCAACUCUGGGCGUCAUCGGAAUCAACUGAGCCAUCCACAAGCGGAAAGAAUCCAAAUAAUGAAGUAUCAAUCGCAAACCAGUUUCAGCCCCAGCAGCCAACAAGACCGAAAAGCAGAGAACAUCAUCCUGGGAGUAAUAAAAAACAGGACACCAUUGCCAAUUUGGUAGUAAAAAUCAAAACAGACGAAGAUCUAGAUUUUGCCAUUUCAAAAGCAUUGGACAGAAGGAAGAUUGCUCAACAAAUUGUAGAUGAUUUAAGUAGUACAAUAAAGGAAUCGCAAACGUUGAACCAAAACUAUAAGAAGAAUCAACAGCAGACACUGGAAAUCGAUGCAGAGUUAAAAAUUGCUGAGCAGAACGUGCAAGCUUUAAAAGCGCAGAGAAAAAAGUUGGUAAAUGCCAAAGCAAGUAUGCUUCCGAAAAUUAAGCGAAUGAGGAAAUUACUGCUACAGGACACCCACCCCUAUAACUGAAAAAGCUUAUUUUUUAUACCUUAAUGUUUGAAUAAAUUAAUUUGUGUAUGAGUUGUUAUCUUAAAGAAAUGUAAUUGUUAUCUUAAAUAAAAACCGAGUUGAUGUUAAGAGGGGUGGGGCAUGUGCUGUAAAGAAGUAGAUAUAAAAGAAUAUAACUAAUCCAAGUGUGUACAGUAAAUGUAAUAAAAAAUGCAUUGCGACCAGUGCAGAAAAAAUUUCUCUAGUCUAAACCGGCAUAAGAGGAAAGUGUGUGGGAAACAAAAUAUGUGCUCAAUUCCAGGUAAAAACGUAGAAUAAUAGCUUCUGAACCACUAAGUAGAAAUGUGAGUAAAAUACAUCAUGCAUUUAAAAGCAGAAUUGUAUCUUAUCACGAGGAAAAACUUGACUACAAUACUUUUAUGGAAAACGUGCAGCCAGCAAAUAUACAACUUAUUGAGCAAGAGAUUGAAAAACAUGCAACUGUUAAAAUAAAUAUGGAAGUGUUUGCUGUAUAUGUGAUACCCGAUAAAGACAUAAGUGAUAUUAAAUCAAUGAACACUGAAAAUAGAAUAAUAACAAUCUCCGAUUUAAACAAUAUUUUUAAAGAUUUUACUGAUGAGAUCUUUAGCAAGGCCAGCGAAUUCCAGAAAAAAGAAAGCAAUUGAGCUAUAAAGAAAUGUUAUUUUUAGAUAUUAAUAUUAAUCGAUGUGCUCUAAUUAGUGGCAAGAAGCACUUGAAAUUACCACUUUCUAUUAUCAGGAAACAUGCUGUUCUUAAUAUUCAGAAUAAUGACGAUGCAUGUUUUUUGUGGUGUAUUAUGGCGGCCCUUUUUCCUAGAGAAGGGAAUCCUGUAACUCCAGACUCAUACCCUGAUUAUAAAGAAAACUUAAAUGUGGACAACAUCGAGGUACUCAUGAAGUUAAAAGACAUUUCAAAAUUUGAAGUGAUGAACAAUAUAUCGGUAAACGUGUUUGGACUUUAUUUUUACUAGGUCUUAGAUAUGAUGCACAGAUCUAAUUAAAAUUAGAUAAAUUCA